UGUUGCACAAAUGUGCUUUUUAUUCCAAUCCUAACAUCCACUCUGAGACCAGGCAAAGACUACGUCAUUUAACAAGAUCAGCAGUUUGGAUUUAUGCUAGAGAUAUUAGGCUGCUAAAAUAGAGGAUCCUGCUGUUCCAGUGAGACAAAAUGCCAUACACACCGUCUGGCUUCUUUUGUGACCGGUUAAUCUGGGAGAGGGAGAGGAGGAAUGGAGAAGGCUCCAUUAACAAACCUCUCUGUUUCAAUGGUCAGGACUUUAAUGUCCUGAAGCAGGAGUGCCUUCACAAAAAGUGCCUGUUUGAGGAUGAAACCUUCCCAGCCAACAUAGAGUCCCUUGGCUUCAAGGAGCUGGGCCACAAGUCUAAGAAGGUCAAGAAGAUCGUUUGGAAAAGGCCUAAGGAUAUUUGUGUUAACCCGCAGUUCAUCGUUGGGGGAGCCAGCAGGACUGACAUCUGCCAGGGAAACCUUGGAGACUGCUGGCUUCUGGCAGCCAUUGCCUGCCUGACUCUGAAUGAGAAGCUACUGUAUCGGGUUGUUCCUCAAAAGCAGAGCUUCACUGACAACUAUGCUGGAAUAUUUCACUUCCAAUUUUGGUGUUAUGGAGACUGGGUGGAUGUUGUCAUCGAUGAUCGGGUUCCUACCUUUAAUGACCAGCUGGUCUUCACCAAGUCUGCAGAGAGGAAUGAGUUCUGGAGUGCGCUCCUGGAGAAAGCCUAUGCCAAGCUGUAUGGUUCAUAUGAGGCCCUGAAGGGUGGAAACACCACUGAGGCUAUGGAAGACUUCACUGGAGGAGUGACUGAGUUCUAUGAGAUGAAGGAGGCACCCAAGGAACUGUACAAUGUCAUGAAGAAAGCCUUGGAGAGAGGCUCCCUCAUGGGCUGCUCAACUGGUGCCCUUGUUCCAGCCCAGUUUGAAACUUGCACUGUCACAGGGCUCGUGAAGGGCCAUACAUAUUCCGUGACUGCUGUGGAGGAGGUAACGAGAUACAUGAAGAAAGUGCGUUUGGUGCGUCUCCGUAAUCCUUGGGGUCAAGUGGAGUGGACCGGACCUUGGAGUGAUAAUUCAAAGGAAUGGUCUACCAUCUCAAAGGUAGAGAAAGACAAACUGCAACAGCAGAAUGCUGAGGAUGGAGAGUUCUGGAUGUCAUUUGAAGAUUUCAAGAAGAAUUACACCAGGAUUGAGAUCUGUAAUUUGACCCCUGAUGCUCUGGAUGUCGAUAAACUUCACAAGUGGACAGUGUCCGUGAACGAGGGCCACUGGGUGAGGGGUUGCUCUGCUGGAGGCUGUAGGAACUAUCCAGAUACUUUUUGGACAAACCCACAGUAUCGACUGCGUCUGCUGGAGAAGGAUGAUGAACAAGAAGAAAACGAGGUUGCCUGCACCUUUGUGGUGGCUCUCAUGCAGAAAAACAGAAGGAAAGAAUGCAAGAUGGGUGCCAACCUCUUUACUAUUGGAUUUUCCAUCUAUGAGGUACCUGUCCAUCAGAUGCAUGGCAACAAGGAGCACAUGCAGAAGGACUUCUUCCUCCAGACCUCACCUAAGGCCCGCAGCAAGGCCUACAUCAACCUGCGGGAGGUGACCCAGCGCUUCAGGCUGAGCCCUGGGGAGUACGUCAUCGUGCCCUCCACCUAUGAGCCCCACCGUGAAGGCCACUUCAUCCUCCGCAUCUUCUCAGAAAAGAGGAAUACCUCCGAGGAGAUAGAAAACAGGAUUGAGGCUGAUCAUCUAGUGCCAGUUCCAGCCUCAGCAGGUGAGGAGAGUGAGGAGGGCCAGCAGUUCUGCACCAUUUUUCAACAGACAGACAGGGACGAGUUGGAGAUCUCAGCCAGUGCACUGAGAAAGGUGUUAAACACGGAGGUGGUUGGGCAAAUGGACAUAAAUACAGAAGGUUUCAGUCUGGAGAGUUGCCGUAGCAUGAUCGCUCUCAUGGACAUGGAUGGAACAGGCAGACUUCAUUUACAAGAGUUCAAACACUUGUGGAAUAAGAUCAAACACUGGCAGGGAAUUUUUAAGUGUUAUGAUAAAGACCACACUGGCUGCAUCAGGAGCUAUGAGAUGAGGAAUGCCAUCAGAGAUGUAGGGUUUUGUCUCAACAAUCAGCUGUAUGAUACCAUCACCAUGCGCUUUGCAAAUGAAAGUAUGAACAUCGACUUUGACAGCUUUGUCAGCUGUCUUGUGCGUCUAGAGGGGAUGUUCAGAGCUUUCCAGGCCUUUGAUCAGGAUAGAGAUGGCAUGAUCAGACUGUCUGUCCUAGAGUGGCUCCAGCUGACGAUGCAUGCCUAGAGCAGCUCAGGACUUUAGUGAGCCCAAGACCAGGAACAGAAACCACCAAGCUUUACCUCAACAUUCAGCUUCCCCCUCUGAGACUCAAUCACCUCAGACCUGCCACACUACAAGCACCAACAUUACCACCAGUCCACCUGUCUCCUCUUUCAGACUCCAAGCGGCUAACCCCUUCCCACUUAGUGGCACCAUUAAUCUAGAUUAACCAUUUGAACUCUUACAUCAAAUCUCCUCUUACUGCUCGAUGCUUUGUUCAUUGACACUUUCAAUUUGAUUGUUUUUUUCCUUCUUCUUUAGUCAUAAACCACACAGAAAACCCCAACUCUUUCUAUCACUGUGCACUCUCAAUGAGUUGUUCCAUGAUACACAUUUCCUGAAUGUUUUUCAUCUCUUCCUGGCUCUUAUGUAGAUCCAGAUCACCCAAAUUUCGAUCAUAACUGAAUCCAGCAAGUUAAAAGAAACCUCAUGAUUGAUCAUGCCCUUUCCAGAUCUUUUGCAUAAGGUCUCAGUCCAGACUUUUUUUUUUUUACAUCAGUGGAAAACUACUACUACUUCCUGUUUCAAGUAUGUAGCAAACUCUGCUGUUUACUAGAACAGAAACAGUGAGCGAAACCUAUUAUCAUAUUCCUGGAAGGCAGUGUUUGUUUCCACUGCAUUCUGAACAUGAAAAUGGACUGAGCUUAGGCUACUUGUAAUUUCCCAAUUAAAGCUCUAGUCAAACAAAAGUAAAAUUUCAAUUCAUCCUCAAGUGUUUUGUGGAUUAUGGUGCAUUUUUUGUUUGUUUUAAGCAAAUAUGCAUGUGCUCUGAUGUGUUAGAAACAUUCAGAAACAUUAACUCUAAAAAUGACAAUCUGACAAAUCUGUAAUAGUUUUUUGUUGUUGUUGUUGUUUUUUUAAUGUAACCAGUUAAUCAUGGAAAAUGAACAAACAAACUUGAGAAACUUUGGAACACCAUGUAAGAGGCUGUCUGAAUGCUCCCCCAGCUACACACGGCUGAACAGGUUGCUGCAAGGAACAAUUACUGAGAGGAAAAACCAACUGGCUUUAUGCCAACAACACGACAAAAGCAAAAAUAAUAAACAUCACUGUAUUCUAGCAUAAGGCCAAAGCUUCUUAGUUAGUGUGGACAGAAGGAAAUAUGUAGCCGACUGCUUAGAUACUUUAUGAAAAAAAAAGUAAAAAUAUUUAAAGAUGAGUAACUGAGGUUUACCAGUGUUUCUGAACUGCCUGCAUUUCACAGUAGUACGGCACAGAACACGCAUUCUACCACGCUUUUCACUUGAUGAACAAACAACUCCUAUAUUAAGUUCAACAUAUUCCAGCACUGACACAGUAAAAUUAAAUCACUUUCCUUAAGAGCAAAUUCAGUGUGGGAUUUAGUGUUGAAAAAUGUAACCAAACCCACAACGUUAUACUGUAUUUCUUCAGACACAUGCACACUCCCACACGUUACGCUCACCGUAACACACAUCGACUGUCGCGCUUCAGGUCAUCACAGCAAACACAACAGCAAUCUCUGAACUACAAAACCACCAAUCCCUCCUUUUCAUCUUAACAUCAGCGAGCAACCACACCAGAUGACGAGAGAAAGGAAAACAACCCCACAUAAACUUUAAUAUAUAUGAAAUCAUCUUUCCAUAAUAGUGGAGGGAAGUAAAGACACAAUAAGAUCUAAAAUGAAGAAAACAAAAACAGGAAAAAGAGAGAGAAAAAAAAGGUUCGACCACUUCCUCUUCAGAGAAACACCCAUUUGACAACUAGGAAAAAACUUGUUUAAAAAAAGGAUUUGCACCUGAUCUAGUAUGAAAACCCUGUAAUAAAUUAUUUCAACCUAGAAUAACAUUGCUGUAAAUGGAUGUCUCUACUAAACACAGCUCUAAGUAAAUUAUGAGGAAGAAAGGGUCUUCAAAACAAGACUUCUAGUUAAAAACAAACAAAACCACCAACCAAAAA